AUAAUUAAUAUGCUGAGAAACAGUAAAAAGAAAGUUUGGGGAAUGUUUGAACCUAUGACCUUAGACUAUCAAAAGUAAAUAAUUAAACUAUAACCGAUCCUUAGUUGAGUAUUUUGGACACCGAUUAUUAGAGGGGUUUCUAUCACACGUGUCAACACACAAUGAAACAUGAUUUUUUUUUUCUCUUGGUUUCUCAGACGACGAUGUCUUUUACGACAAAGGCCGAUCUUUUCUUUUUGUUUCUGUUGAUAAAAAUUCAAUUAGUUUCCCUUCGAUGAAGAUCAGAGUCAUCCAUUCACUCUUCUCCGCGUUUCUCGUAAACCCACCACUUGUUUCUCUUCGUCAAGGACUCAAUGGUCUCAGCUCAGCCCUGGAAGAAGAGUUCCGUUGAGAAAAAGAUUCUUCUUAUUGCCUCCAAAAGCCACCAGAGAGCAAUCAGGUCUUAAAUUGAUUUUUUCCCCAAAAGUUGUAGCCUAAAGUUGUAGCCUUUGCUGUUGAAAGUUCUGAAUUUAGAGAGUCUUUUGGUAUUUCCUUUAAGGUUAAGUGGGAGGAGAAGACGUGGUUCUGAAUUUAGAGAGUCUUUUGUUUUUGGUUUCUUAGGGUAAAGGCUUCAUCUUUGGUUUGGGUACAGGGAACAAUAGGUUCUGAUGUCUCGUUUAUUCUUGGAAGCUUCAAUGGCUUGUGUUUCUGGAAAUCCGAUCCUCAAUGAUGAAGAAUUUGAUCAGCUCAAACUUAAACUUAAGGUUCUAUUCCACUCAAAAUACACAUAUCAUCAUUCCUCUGAGCUUCAUGGAGCACACAAUUUAUGGGUUUAACCUAAGCUCUUUCUUAAACCCACCAAACUCUUUUGAGUUUCUGUCUGAAAAUAAGGACAUGUCGACCUCAUCCUCUGUUUCGUUGUGUUGAUCGUCAACCCAAGUCAAUGGGUUCGGUCUUAGGCCUCAAAGGUCGCUCCUUUACCAACCCACUUCCUUCUCUUUCUCCAGAGUUGGCAGGUUGUGAUUGGAUCCAUGUUGAUGUGAUGGACGGUCGUUUUGUUCCAAAUAUCAUAAUUGGACUUCUCGUGGUUGAUGCUUUGCGCCCUGUGACUGAUCUUCCCUUGGAUGUUCAUCUUAUGAUAAUGGAGCCGGAUCAGAGAGUACCAGAUUUCAUCAAAGCCGGUGCAGAUAUAGUCAGUGUACAUUGUGAGCAGUCAUCAACUAUCCAUUUGCAUCGCACUGUCAAUCAAGUACAUUGAUACUUUCUAGCUUCCUUUCUUUUGCUUCAGGUGGAAUAUUAUUCUUACAGUUAAGCUUACCUUUGUUUAGAUAAAGAACUUGAACCUUUAAUUAAAAAACUCCCCAAUGGAGUACAAAAUC